CUGUCCAAUAGCUGCAGCACACAAGUCUGAGGCAAAGUAUAGUGGGAGUAAAGAGAGAGGAGAGAGACCGAGCAGAGGAUACUGCUCAUUUUAACAGUUAAACAAGUUUGGGACGCUGGUGCUUGUUUUUUUGUUUUGCAGAAAAGGAAAAACGUGCAGACAAAGAGUAUAAGAGUAUUCAGCGAGCUGCUGCCUGCAGAGACUUCCCAACAUCUGGUCCGCUGGAGGACGGGGCGAGCCGGAGAGAGAAGAGAGGAACUUUUUGGAGGCGGAGAGAAAACUUAUCUUCGCUGGAAGAAGAAGAAAAAUGCAUUGAAUUAUUGGGAGUUAUUUGGGGUCACCUACAUGAGCCGAAAAGAGAUCUGGUGGUCGUGUAAGGUGACGAGAGAGGAGGGAAAGAGGACGGGAUAAGUAGAGAAGUCCACCUGGAGCGGUCAGAGGAUGAAUUAGCUGAAGGCUUUUUGGCUGCACCGCGUCCCAGCCAGAGAGAAGGCUCACUCCUUGGCCCCUCCACCUCCUCCCAUAAGAGCCAGGCCUACGCCCAUGGAUGAGGAGAGGAGUGCCCCUGCCAUCUCCCCAGAGCCACCUGAUGAGGGGGACCCCAGUCUACCAGCUCCACAACCCAGCUCACACGCAACCUCGACCGCAGAGAGAGUGAACAACUGCCCGAACCCAAAGCCCUGUCCUAGUCCAGAUGUGCCCCACAUCUAUACCGAGCCCCUCAUAUUGAGGAUAAAUGGCACCCCAGAAAGGUUGCACGGCGACGAUGGAGACAAGUGGAGCGGUAGCCUCUCACACUCGGAGCUCACGACACCCAGCAAGAGUAUCACAUCUCAACCAGCAGCCAGAUCCACGCCCACCCACCACACACAGCCAUGUCGGACACAGCCCAGCAGCCAACUACGCAACGGAGCCAAGCACCACGCACACACACACUCCUCUCACACGCACUGUCCGCAUCACACGCACACGUCUCACACGCACAGCCUCCAGUCCAACGGGGUCAGGAACGGGGGCCAUCAUGAGCAUCCUAAGCUGGGCUCCCUCCCGAGAGGCGGCUCGUCCACCUCCUCGUCCUCAUCAGCGGGACCAAAGCACACCAAGAAGUUGCGGUCCAACCCGUCCAUCACCUCCCAGAGCAGCAAGAGGAGCAAGAGCAGCAGCUCCAAGAGCAACAGCUCUCAGGUCCCCACAGGUUCACAGGACGACUGCUGUGUUCACUGUAUUCUGGCCUGCCUCUUCUGUGAGUUCCUGACUCUGUGUAACAUCAUGCUGGACUGCGCCACCUGCGGCUCCUGCGCGGGGGAAGAAUCGUGUUUCUGCUGCUGCUGUGCGUCGGAGGAGUGCGGCGACUGUGACCUGCCCUGUGACAUGGACUGUGGCAUCAUCGACGCCUGCUGUGAGUCUGCAGACUGCUUAGAGAUCUGCAUGGAGUGCUGCAGCCUUUGCUUCUCCUCCUGAGGGCCCCCGGCCACCACCACCACAGGGGGCAAAGUACAUGUCUGCUACACACUCCCACAAGCCCCGGAACAACUUGGACCAGUAUCUUAUCAGAGCUGAGAAGCGCUACACCCAGUCUUUGUUGCCUGGACUCUGUGGUUUACACUAUAUUGGCUGGCCUAGUUGGCUCCACAAUAUGUCCAAUGUUUCUUACAAGGUUUGCCGAGCACAAGAUGCUGAGAGCAGUCACUGGUCUUCCCUCCUUUUAUUGGUCAAACGACGGGACAGUCGCUUCCCUGCUUUGUCUUUGCUGUCGGUCCAUUGCUACGCAGCUGGAUGUACGGUGCAGAGCGAGUUCCAGCUGUGGUCCACGAGGCUGUGCAGACCGGGCCUCCGGACCCUCGCAGAACAAGCGAUUAUUACAAUGGAGCCCCUUGUGCCGUCUGAAUGACGGGAGUUCUCCAAGCAUGAAAAAUGACCUCCAAAGGCAAAUGAGAAAAUGGCUCCAUUUAACCGGAUUUUAGUGUUUCUGUAGAUAAGAGCAGCAGCAUAAUGGGAAAAAUGGACGCUCAGAUCUUAGUAGAAAUGUAGUCUGUCCUCCUGUCCUUGGCAAGGUUAAAGUCUUCCAGUUUGAUUGCAUACAGUGGCCUUUGUGACACACACACACACACACACACACACACACACACACACACACACACACACACACACACACACACUCUUAGUGGAGGAUGUUGAAUCCACCGCUGUCUUAGUUCUUGUUGUACAAAAUAGAGAAAAACAUUAAUGGUGGCUUGUGGCAAUAUUACAGACAAAUUUCUUUUGUUAAUAUGCAUCUCACUUAACGGACUUCUUCAGAGAAGAAUCAUGAGAGCGUCGUGCAUCAGCCUGAAGAUGGGUCCAAUUAAAUGAGUACUGUAAGUGAUGGACGUCGGAGCGAAUGGUUGAUUGCGUUUGUCAUGGACUGUCAUUCUCUCUACUCUAACAUGUGAAGAGAGAGAGUUCCUAAUCGAAGGUCUCUCCUCGUUUAAUGUUUCACAUCUUGUUUACUUUUACGUUGUUUUAUUUUGAGGGGCUUCGGCUGCAUUCAGUGAAUUCCUCCUUGUCCGAAUGGUCAGAGCUGGUAAAGGACUGGUAGAAGAUUGGAAGGCAUCAUCUCCUUUUUUAAUACGUUUCAUUUUUCCUUUGUCGUUCUUGCUAUGUGAACAAAUGGCCUUGGCUUAAGCUUAAGGCCUGAAUUUUCAAGUAGAUUCCUCCUUGCCUUUACCAAAUCUCUAUUAAUCCUUGUUUUGUAGAUUUUAGUGAAGAUAUUUGCAUUUCUCCUCUAAUGUGAAAAUCACAUUUCUGUGUUAUCGGGUUUCGCCGGGCUCUCUGUAAAGCAGACAUUGCUCAACAUCUAAUUUAAUUCCUUGAGUGGAAAUCUCACGACAUUAUGCUAAGUUAGAUCCAUAUGCUCGCAGUGUGAAUGGUACGCGUUUUUGAUAACAAGCCCGCACUCUCGGAUAUGCUCAGAUGCAUACCUUCUCCAACCCAAUACCUCUUGAGAUGUCACCUAGAUCUGUUGUGCCUUUUAAAAUGACUUGAUACAAAUCUCUCUCCUCUCUGAUCAAAUACUGUUUGUGCAAUCCUUUUUUCUUGGAAAUACCAAAGAGUUUUCCUCUUACUGGACCUUAGUUUCUACUAGACCUACAAUUACUUGUACUUUGAAGGGUCUUUGCUAUGCUAUGUGGCUGUGGUUGAUUAAACCCUAUUUUAAGGGCUGAAAUAUAACACUGUUGAUUAAGAAUAUACACUAAGGCUGUAAAUCAACCUGAUAACACCGACGCAGAAAAAGAAAAAUCAACAAAUGCAACUUGAGAAGAUAUUAUGACUCUUCAUGUUUAUAUCAGAACGGAUGUGUUUCAGAUUUGACACACUCCAACUCGACAGAGACAAAAUCCUGGAGAGCCCUGGAAAACAAUGCAAUUUCUUUACAGUACAAAGAGAUUUAUGAAGGGAGAACUGGAGUAUAUAAUGUUGUGUAUAGACAUGAUAACAAUGUCAUUUGUUUGGAUUUACAACAAGUGCAGAUUCUGACAAUGUUGCUUCAUCUAGGGGACACAUUCUCCGUCACCAGACCAAACCUAUCACAAAAACAAUAGUGGUGGACUGUGAUUGAUAUCUGAGGGGUGUGCAAGGCUAACCCACACGAGUUAGAAAACUAAAUAUAAACACUGGUUUGUUAACAACAAAGGUCAAUAAUUAAAGAUAAUAAUAAAUGAGCCUAUAAAUGUUAGUUAGCUACAGAAUCAACAAGCUAUUGCUAGCAUAACUGGCCUUUCACUGAUAGCCGGCAGUGUUAGAAUAAACAGUUCACCUUGCUUUCAUGUAAACCACUUUGUUAAAGGGAUAGUUUGGGUGUUUUGAUGUGGGGUUUUAUGAUGUACUUAUCUAUGCUCAGUGUAUUACCUACAGUAGAUGACGGUCGCAACGCCCCCAGUUUAGAGAAGCAGACAGGAGUACCAACACCGGAGCAAAGCAAUGUACUGCUGUUGACGGGGCCUGCAUCAGUUUAAGUGUUGUUGUUUUUUAAGCCACCAGAAUCCAUUGAAAAAACAGUAAUUUUACCUCGGAGAACACAGGGGGUUCUGGUGUACCGCUGCCUCAAUUGGUUUACUUAGUUUGUGCUAUUGUGUGACUUUGGUGAAUCCAAACUAAUCAAAGUCACACAAUAACAGAAACAAACUAAUCGAUCGAGGCAGUGGUAGACCAGUAACUCCUGUGUUCUGCGA